UCGCUAUCACCUGUGGCCUGUGGGAAGGUGAGGGACUGAUGUCUCUCACCCACGCUACAGCGAUACCUGAAAAACACCGACUAGCAGACCCGUGAACAGUUGUUCUCAUAUUUUUCUCAAAAGAACAUCAAGCGUAGGAGACAGGAUGGACGGGAUUCGUCCCCAAUAAAGAAGCUGAAGAACAUCAGUGCUGGACGGGGGAUAAGUCUGAAGCCGAAGUGACGCUAGAGUGAAGUCCAGAGGAAGCUGCUUACGGCAUGCAGAUCCGCGUGGUCCAGAUCUGGGGUUUCCUGAUGACGGUGCUCGGCUGGGUUUUCGUGGCGUGUACCAUUGCCAUGGAUGGCUGGAUGAGCAGUUCUAUUGGGGACAUGGGAGGCAGUUACAUCAUAAAGUCCAUAGGUUACUGGUACAGCCUGUGGAAGACCUGUCGAACUGACGCAGCCGAUAUCAACAAAUGUUACGAUUUGCCAGGGCUGUGGUCUGCAGACGUUCACCUCCAGGUGGUGCGAGGCCUGCUAGUUGCUGCUCUCUCCCUCGGCAUGUUGGGCUUUUUGUUGAGUCUCUUGGGAAUGGAGUGCACCGUCAUUGGAGGCAAGGACCGCUCAAAGUCUGGGAAGAUCUACACUGGAGGAAUUUGUCACAUAAUCAGUGGUUUGCUGUCCACAUGUAGCUACGCUGUUUAUGUGAACUAUGUCCUAAUUUAUUUCAACCCCGACCCCUUUGGAAUGGAGUAUGAAGUCGGCAACCCUGUGUUCAUCGGGUGGGUGGGAUCGGCGUCUCAAAUGACUGGUGGUUGUUUCUAUUUGUGGUCAGUCUGUACGUCGCUCUGUGGAGAACACGACAAGGGAAUUAAAGUCCAGCCACUGGUGGACCCUGAGCAGGCCAAGUCGCCCUUAGUGCCAGAGUCCACCUCCAGACCCCCCACCAGCUCGGUGUCUGAGUCGUCAAUCAAGUCUUUGUCUUCCAUUCCACUGAGAUCAGAGCGCUCACACAAAACCGGACAGACGGCCCAGUCAGGGUACCAGAGAACAAGGCCAGCCAGCGGGUCUUCCAGAUCCAAGUCAGCGUCUUGGUCCGACUCGGAGUCCAGCCGCUAUUCACAAUCUGCAUCGAGUCGCAGCAGCGGGAGCAGCAGAAGCAGCAGCAGGACAGGGUCAUCACUAUCAUAAAGAAGAGGGAAGAGCGAGCAUGCUUCAAACCUGUGUGACUCCCCGACUACAGCUAAACUAACACAGAAUGCUAAGUUUAAUGUUUAAGGUACGAAUUGGUGACUCACUAAUGUCACCAUGAGUGUGUUUAGAAUUCAUUCACAACCUUGUAAUAAAGUACUGCAAAGCC